AGCAGGUGCCCGUUGUAAACAACACUUGGUAACGGCAAGAAUUAACUUAUUAAUCGGUUUAUUGGGGAGUAAUCCAGAUUAUCACAGAUUAUUUAAUUAUGCCGCGAAGAGGAGGAAGUGACAAUGGUUCUGAAAACCAGGAAAUGGUUGGGACAUUCGAAACACUUCGUGAUGAAGGAGAACAUUUUGUUCAUGUCAAACUAUGGCAAAAAGCAAUCGACAGCUUUACAAGGGCCAUUGAGAUGAAUCCAGAGGACAAGAAAUGUUUUGUCACACGAUCAAAAUGUUGGUUACAACUAGGCAACGCAGAGAAUGCUCUCAUGGAUGCAGAGGAAGCACUGCGACAAGACAAAGAAUUCAUUCCAGGCUUGUAUCAGAAAGCGGAGGCUAUGUAUCAGCUGGGGGAUUUUGAAACAGCAUUAGUGUUCUUCCACAGAGGUCACAAGUUACGACCAGAACUUCAGGAAUUUAGGCUUGGAAUCCAGAAAGCUCAGGAGGCCAUCAACAACAGCAUUGGACAGCCUGAUUCAGUUAAACUGACAGCAGAGGGUGAUCUGACAUAUUUCUACAAACAGGAGGAGGAUGAAAAGGCCAAGGCCAAAUCAAAGAAAACUGGUGGAACAUAUGGAAAGCCUGGUGCUAAAAAAGAGGCAGCCAAAGAGAGACAAAAACCUCAGGGAAGUGGGGACCAGAAAACCAUCAAACAGCUCCUGGGAGAACUGUACGGAGACAAGGACUUCCUGGAAAAACUUCUCAAUGAGGACAGUUUAACAAAUGACAGCAACCCCACAAACAAAGGCAUAAGGGAGAAGAUAUAUGAUGGAUUAGACUAUUUAAAUGCCAGAGCUGACUUCUGGCGGCAGCAGAAACCAAUGUAUGCUCGUAAUCGUGACAAGGAUAAGCAGGGAAAGAGCGCCAAGGCCCGAAACAAAGACCCCACCAGCUACCUACUCAGGUGUCUGGAGGAUAUUGAUGAUGAUCAAUCAAAGGAGAGAUACGAAGAAAGUUUACAGAAGGCCAAGAAAACACUGAAGACGGUGGAGAACAUGAGUGAAGAUCAGCUUCAGAACAAGGCAGAGAUCUUAGCUAACAUCCACAGUCAGAUCGGAAACGCCUACCUAGAGCUCGGCAAAUACAACGAAUCUCUGAAACACCACGAAGAGGACCUCAGACUCGCCAAAGAAAAUGAUUUGGAGGAUGCCUGUUCAAGAGCUUUGGAUAACCUAGGAAGAGUAUAUGCUCGUAAAGGAAAUUAUGAGAAAGCUAUAGAAGUAUGGCAGGAAAAAUUACCUAUGAGUAAAUCUCCACUAGAGAGCACCUGGCUGUACCAUGAAAUUGGUCGGUGUUACCUAGAAUUACAAAAAUGUCAGGACUCUCGAGACUUUGGAGAGAAAGCAAUACAGGCAGCAAAGGAAGCCGAGGACGAUGGAUGGCAGCUCCACGCUAGUGUCUUAGUAGCUCAGUCAGAGGUUAAAUUAGGAGAUUUACAAUCAGCAGCAGAAUCAUUUGAAAGAUCAUUAGAACUGGCCAAAAAACUUAAUGAUGGCCCGGCAGAGGCAGCCAUUAAAAAGGCCAUGGAGGAGGUCAAUAACAGGAUAGUGCAGGGAGUGAAGGAGGGGGAGGAGAAAGACGAAGAUGACAGAGGGUCCACAAAAUCAGCAGGGGACAGGAAAGGGGCCACCAGUCAAGCCUCAGAUAAGGGAAAUGAAAGUGAUCAAGAUGACAAGAGGAGUAAACAUAGUAAAGACGGUGAAGAUAAAGCUAUAGAUUUCAAGCUCCCCACAGCUGCCAGAUCUAGUCCCCGGCCCCCCGCUAGUCCUCGCCCACGUUCAGUCAGCAUCAGGGACCCGCCCGAGUCUGAAGCGGGGUCAAAGGGAGGUCACGAGGAGGCAGGAUCCAGGGGGAAUGUAUCACAUACCAAGAAAACCCCCUCCCCAGUGACCAGAAAAGGAAUCCAGAAGGGGAACAGUACGACCCAUAGUUCAGCGGGAAGUGUAAAGAGUGGUAAACCUGCAUCAGAAUCCGGGAAUCCCAAAGGAUUAGGAUAUUCCCACCCAUUUGAAAUCAAGAAUAAAGGCAAAGAAGAGGAGGCACAGAAAUCAUGAGACAAGAGAAGACAGACUUAGUGAGAAUAAAACAAGGAACAAACUAUCUAAAAUAUCAGACCUUUAUUACAAAUGUAUUAAAUACAUGGUUACAAAGAUUACGCAAUUCUGGCCAUUUGUCAAAAAAUUAUGAUAUACAAUUUUCCAACUAAAACAUAAUGAAUAUAAUUUGUAUUGCUUUAUUAAGUAGUUAUAAAUUCAUGCUAUUUAUUGGACGCAUUUUGAAGGU